AAUUACGAAUUACUUACUUUGAGCACGUGAUGAAAACUUAUUAGAGACGAUUGAGGCGGUUUGGGAACUGUGCCCUCAAACGGUGUUAAAAACAGACUAAAAUUAAUUUAACUGAUACAAAGUAGAGGGGUGGUGACGACGGCGCAAGUUAAAAAGUUCGGCUUUUUUGAUGGACAAAGCUUCUUUUGAUUGGUGCCGAAUUCUGGGAAUCCCUCGAACGAAUAACAAAAAAACAAUUUUCAACACGAAAUUCUUUUCAAGAAAUAUGUUGACAGUCGCUACUAUAAUUAUUUCUUUAAAUUGGUUUUCCCCACGAUAACAAUGAACUGCUCUUUAACCUCCAGAUACAUUCCAGUUCGCAUAACAGUUACAACUCUUUGUUCAAGUUAAUUAAAAUGGUAUUAAUUUUCCUAUUUUUGGCCCUUUUGUUCAACUCAGCCGCGGCACAAUUGCGACAGUUUUCGAACAAUUUGCCGUCCGCAAAAUUAGAAGAAGACAAUCUCGACGACACAAUCACUCAAGUUUUCAACAAGUGUAAAUGUGUCAUUUUUUAUUUAUGUGAUGAAGAAAAUUUUAUUAUACCACAGGAUCGGGUACAAAUAACGCAAACUACCUCCAACUAUUCCUUGAAACGUGUUCGCCGCUUAAGAUGCUCUAAUGAGUUUUACUACUGUUGUAAAGCGAAAACACAAGAAAGGGGCGAAAAAUGUGGCAAAAGUAAUUUAGCAAGUUUGCGAAUCAGUGACCAAUUUCCGUGGGUUGUGGCAAUCACGGAAAAAAAGCGCUAUGUUAAUAAUUUUUCUUUUAAAAGUGGGGGCACUCUGAUUCACCCCAGGGUGGUUUUAACAGCACAACACAAUGUAUUAAGUGUUUCCUCGCCGAAUUUAUUACAAGUAGUUGCAAAGGGGGAAACUUUAAAUAAACUUCCUGCAACAUCCCUUUACCUCAACGUUUCGAAAAUAAUUAAACAUGAGGGUUACUACUCUGGGGCCCUUUACAACGACAUUGCUUUACUUAUUUUAGAAUCGGCCGUCACAAGUAUCAACCCCGUUUGUUUACCAAAUUUAAAUCAAAAAUUUGAUGGACAAAGUUGUAUUGCUGUUGGUUGGAGUGGAACAAAUCAACAAAUCAAAAGACUGAAAAAAGUCGAAUUACCAAUCGUUGAAUCCAAUAAAUGUGAAAAACUUCUCAGAAAUACAACUUUAGGUCACAGUUUUCAAGUACAUCCGUCGUUUAUUUGUGCCGGGGGUGAGGAGGGCCAGGAUACAUGUCGGGGGGAUGGAGGGGGUCCUUUGAUGUGUAGACUCAAUAAUCACUUUAUUCAAGUGGGGAUUGUUUCAUGGGGUUUACCUAUUUGUGGACAGAAAGAUGUGCCAAGUUUGUACACCAACGUUGCGAGUUUGAUUAACUGGAUUAGACAGAAGUUGGAAGGGGAAAAUAUCUAUAUUUCGGGUUAUAGUUAAUAAAGACAAAUCUACAAUCUAA